AUGCCGCGCUCAAGCAGAGGCACUGCACCUUUUCAAGAGGCGCUUCGGGCUGGUGACGCCCUUAGGGCCGCGCAACAGUUUCCUGGAGCCUUCCAAAGCUACACGGCAGCGGUAGCCGCAGCGGCAGCCGCAAGAAACAGGCACAAGUUGGCAGAAGCUCUCUGUAGGUCUGCUGUUUGCUGCUUAGACGCUGCUGGCGAUCUCGAAGGUGGCGCAACAGUUCUCUCCUUCCUGAGAAGAAGAAGAAGCUCACCAGCACGAGCGGCAGGUGAGGCAACAGCCGCAGCCUCACGGGGGAAUCCACAAAGGCUGCUGGUGGAAGCUCUUAGAUUUGCUUCUAGGGCCCUGCGCUUCAAACCUCACAGCGUUCUGAGCUUGCACGCAGCAGCGCAAGCAGCUCUAUUGCUGCAGCUACCAGGGCUGGCGGCCUCUUUAGCGGCCCUUCAGCUGCGGCACCUGCGGCAGCCAAGCCUCUCGAGGGUUUGCCAUGGACUGAACCAGCAGCAGCAGAAGCAGCAGCAGCAGCAGAAGCAACAGCAGCAGCAGCAGAAGCAGCAGCAGCAGAAGCAACAGCAGCAGCAGCAGAAGCAGCAGCAGCAGCAGAAUCAGCAGCAGCAGGGAGUCAGCUGUUUAGUGAAUUCCUUCACGCUGGACUGUGUGAAUCCUGAUGUGGCAUUGACUGCUGUGCAGGUGAUGCGUUGUCUGGCACUGCAGCAGCUUAUGCGCGCAUGUACGAAUAGUAGGGCGCGUUGCCUGGGAACUGUCUCUGCAGGCCUUCGGCUGGAGGCCGCUCUAAGGCUAACCUGUUGCCACGGAAGCGCUGGGGAGAUGAUGAGUCAGUGCUCAAGAGGAAGCUUUGCGAUGCUUUUAUCCCCAUGGUGGAGGCGUACAGCCCUCUGUGAGGCCGGGCUGCUUUUGAGCAGUGCUGCCUGUUGUGCAUUGACGAGGGCAGCAGAUCUUGAAGCUGCGUUGUUGCAGGCAAGCCCCGCUGUAUCGCAUUUGAUUUUGUUGAUGGCGUUUUCUGAUGCUGAUGCUGCCGAGAUUUAUUUCUGGGCUUUGCUCGCUCAUGGGAAUGGGAACAGCUCUAUUAGCACCAAGAGCACACUCAGAAAUCUCUGCAUGGCUGUGCAGAGAUCUCUAAAGGAGGCCCUAGAGCACACCGAGAGGCGCCUGACAGCAGCAAGCGCUGCUUCUGCUUCUUCCGGACUCAGUUCGGCGUCUUUCUUUGCUGCGUCAGAGGCCUGGCGUGCGCGGUGUCUGGUGGCCCUUGGAGAUCUCUCAGGAGCCCUGGAGGCUGCCUCGGCGGCUGUGUCGCAUGAUAUCUGGGCAACUGCGGGGAGCCUAGAGAAAGGGCAUACACUUUUCAGCGGGAGCAAGGCCUCCGGGGAAUAUUCCAGCACGCAGCCCUUCGGCCUACUCGGGCCGUUUACAGCACUGCGACUACGAGCCUUGACCCUGUGGGGCCUUGGCUGUGCCGCGGAGGCUUCGAUUUCCCUUCAGCUCUGCCGGAAGCUGGAAGAGGCUCUCUGGCUUGCGCAUGCGCCUUCUACUAUGGCCAGCCGCUACCACCGUCGCACCCCCCAAGAACUUGAGCGUCUUCGUCUUCGUAGGGAAGUGCAGCGUGGGGCCCCUGUCACGCUGCAUUUUUCGUGCGAGAUCGUGGCAUUGGGGGGAGCGGGGGGAGGGCCCGCUGAAUUCUGCGUAGCUAUCUCUGCCGGCACUGCUGCUAUGCCAAAUUUUCAACUUUCACCUUCUCCUGCCCGCGCCCCUACAGAAAUGGCUCCCGCCAUGAAAAAGAGGCACAGAUAUAACCAGUACAUCAGAAAGUGCCUAUAUGUAGCAUUGCGUGUUACACAUGCUACGGGGGGAACCGGCCAAAUAAGUUUAUCUAGGGCUCUCUCGUCUCCCAAUGCUAGCUUGGAACCAGGGUCCCAGUAA